AUGAAGCUCUUAUCCACCUCUCUCUUCUUUGCCUAUGUUGCACCGUCUGUUUAUUCUCAGACCAACUCUACUAAUCAAACGCUUACCAACACCACCAACACCACGGAACCUGAAGUGUGUCCAUGCAGGUUCGAGGGCAACGAUGAUGACGACUGCAUUGUCUACGGAUCGCUCGAUGGAGACCUAAAGGCUUGGCCCAAGGCCGAUCAGGCAUGUUUAGACGCUUAUCAAAUCAAGGUCGACGCUCCUGAUCCAUCCAGUACCUGCUUGAAUGCCAAUUCUUUUGUCUUGGCACUCCGAUUGGGAGAUCUGUCCUCUUCCCAGGCCAAAUUCGGGUUGGGGACUCCUUAUGGAGGUUUCUUUGAAGAAUCCCCCAUGAAUGCGAUGCUACCAGUCCUCAAGGAGAGCAUCACCAUUGCUGGAACUACCUACGAUUGCGAGGCAUCCUCGAGCAACUGUUACAAUGCCAUGAAGCCUUACUUUGAAUCCAACGCGAUGGGAAUGCAGGAAAUGGAGGAUGUUUGCGACACAUUGCAGGGCACUGUGUUUGUGGCCCGAGAAACAGAGCAAUCCGUCUUGAGAACCCGCCUCUGUACCGAGUACCGAGAACCCGCCACCAUCGUUUCGGCAUGCUCCGAUAUCUUUGACGCCCUGGAACCCGAGUUAGUUAAAUUUAGCACCAAGACUUGUGGUGGAUUUGGUACUGGUCCUGGCAGUCGCACAUUGCCUGGAUGUUCCGCAUCUACGGAUGCUGCCACAAGCCUUGGAAGUGGCUACAACCUAUUCUUGGUAUUGGCGAGCAGUAUUGUUGGACUACUUGUACUCGUAUAG